GUAUCUAUCAACUUCCUAGGAUAAAUGGUGUUUAGCUUAAUGGUGAAAUGCUCUUCUUUGAUAAGGACAUCCCUUGUAUAAAUCUCUAUAAACAAAACACAUCUAUUAAUUUUUUUCCCUGAGAUGUCUUGUUUGAAUUUCCCUAUUAACAAAACACAUCUAGUAUCUUUUUUUCUUAGGUGUUUCAAAUUUCUAAGUGUUGUAUAGGACAUAUCUAAUAUUCAAAUGGCUCUAUCAGCCCAACAAAAUAUUAUCCUCCUGGUAUAGACUAGUAAUGUAUUUCUCACUUUUAAUUUUUAAUUUAUCUUUGUUUUAAAAUAUAUCAAAGUAAAUGCAAUUUUAAAUUCUAUUUUUUGUGUACAUAAAAUUUUGAAUUCCGACCUAAAAUGGAAGAGAUAUAAUCGUUAAAUUAACGCUUUCUGGCACCUAUAAUUACAAAUGACCCCAGCAGUAGCAGCAGCAUAUGCAACAAUAAAAAUCCUUUCACACGUCUGGGUAGGCAGAUGUGUAAGACUCUAUCAAAUGGGGUAUUCAGUUCUUGCGCUAACAAUGCACGCCCAACAAGUUUUCCCCCGCACAGACAUAAAAGCACUGGCGUACACCUAGUGCCACAACCUGUUACAGCUACUAACCCAGCAAGCUCUCUGUUGUCCAUUGGUAACUAACUCAGAAGGACUUACCCCGUCAGAAAUUGGCAAUAACGAAACAGAAUAUUAGCAGCAAAGAACCACACAACUGAAACACCUUCAACGAUGUAUUAUCCAACACAAAACUUUUAAAACCCUCAUUGCCUUGCAUAAUCUAAAUAAGGUACCUGGGCCGAGAACUUGUGGAAUUCGAAUGACGUUUGCAGAUGUAGAGAUGGCAGCUAUGCCUUCUAGGACUGAUCUUCCUUCCUCUGCUGCCUUCUUGCCCUCCGCCCGUAUAUAUAGGAUCCACCAUUCCGGACUACAUUUGCAAACUCAAAUUCUACAGCAUCUGCAUACUCAACUACCGCUAGCGCCAUGGAGACACCAGCAGCACCAGUGUUGAGGAUGGCUACCUGCAUUCUUCUUCUACUCGUGAGCAUUAGCACCCAACUCAGCAUGGCUUCAGGGCACGAUACUCCGAAAGACAUGGAGACGAGGUAUCGCCAAUGGCUGAGCAAACAUCGCAGGAAGUACGGGAGCAAAGCUGAAUACAAUCACCGGUUUCAGAUCUACCAGUCUAACGUUCAUCUCAUCGACCACAUCAAUUCUCAGAAUCUGUCUUUCAAGCUGACUGACAACAGGUUUGCUGACCUCACCAACGACGAGUUCAAAUCGACCCACCUUGGUCUUCGGCGUCCUCUGGAUACCGCAGACCAGAAGGUGCACGCUGAGUACUCUUGUGGACGUUUGCCAGCUGGAGUUGAUUGGAGGAAGAAAGGUGCUGUUACGAAGGUCAAAGAUCAAGGCCAUUGUGGAAGCUGUUGGGCAUUCUCUGCUGUGGCAGCUGUGGAAGGCUUCCACAAAAUCCAAACAGGCAAACUGCUGACUCUUUCAGAGCAAGAGCUCAUUGAUUGUGAUGUCGGUGGUGACGACGAGGGCUGCCAUGGAGGGUACAUGGAUACAGCAUUCUAUUUCAUCGCGAAGGUUGGGGGGCUUACAACAGAGAAGAACUAUCCCUACAAGGGUAAAGAUGGCAGUUGUGACGAAAUGAAACUGAAAGAUCAUCCUGCAAAAAUAAGCGGCUACAAGAUGGUACCUGGUAACAAUGAGACAGCCCUCCAAGCAGCCGUUGCGGAACAACCCGUCUCUGUUGCAAUCGAUGCAAAUGGUAUUGAAUUUCAACUGUAUUCAGAAGGAAUUUUAACUGGAUCCUGUGGAUCUCAACUCAACCAUGGAGUCACGGCAGUUGGGUAUGGAGUGGAAAAGGGCACCAAGUACUGGAUUGUGAAGAACUCAUGGGGCGCUGCCUGGGGAGAAGACGGGUAUAUCAGAAUGGAACGUGAUGUUGAGGAGGAAAGUGGUCAGUGUGGCAUUGCCAUGGAUGCAUAUUUCCCUGUCUAGCUAGGGAGGAAGAAGAUGAUAUCUACCCUGGGAAGAAGCUCAUCUAACAUGUAUACGCCUUCCAGAAAUAACAUGAAGAAACCGAUUAAAAGGACACUACAAGUCCCAUGUAUGUAUUAUAAUAAGUCACUGGAAGUAGCGAGAGGGAAAUGUAUUAUCGAGGAUCAUUAAUAUGAGUAAAAAAAAAUAUUUCCUUGAGUUUCAAUUCGAAAACUUAGGCAGAAAAUUUCUGAUCUAGUUAAACCAGCUUAACAGACUCUCAACGAUGAAGGUUCUCAACCAUCAAAUUCAUUGAACACUCCAGCAUGAUCCUAUUCCUAAGGACAGACUGAUUUGACUGAAAAUUUUGUGAAAUACAGCCCAUCGGAUCUCAACUAACCUGCGCGAUAACAAGGCAUGCAAAGCUAUGUUCAGGGGGAAAACGGGUGGUGCAGAACUCGUAAGGGUGUAAGCGAGAAGACAGUCGUAAGUAAGCAGUGUUGCGGAGAUACCGGGACCCUGAGAGGGACGAAAGGACUGCAAAAUUCAGUCGAUAACUUGAGUUCUGACCUGUAGCGGGGAAGUGGAGAGGAAAGAGGAAGGAUUUGGGUUCUUCUGGGAAUGCUUGAGGAACUCAGGUCUGGGAUUUCUUGAUAGGUCCUCUCCUCAACUGCGGUUCUAAAUCUAAUGGCUUGUUAUAAUCGCAGUGGCAAGUGGCAACAAUUGGGCUAUGCGAACUCCCUCGCGGCCGAGCAUUUCUACUAUUGAUGUUUUAAUAUUAUUAUUAGAAUUAUUAAACCAUAAAUUAUUAGUUAGAAU